GCUGAAAGUGUGUGAUUCGCUCCUGCAGGCUGCGGCUCGCAGAUGCAAGCCAAUUUCUUUCCCUGGUGGUGUUGGUGAUAGGGUGAUGAUUUGGGAUUAGACCUUGAGGAUUUUUUUUUUUUCUCUUCCUUUUAGUAGUGCCAGCUAAAUGAAGGGUCGUGUCAAGUUUGCGAGUCCCCUUGUCCUUGGGCGACGAGUAGUUACUUUGGAGGCAUUAUGGGGAUUCAGGUUCUUCCUGGAGGACUUUUGGGUGUGUGUGUGUGUGUGGGGGGGGGCCCUUGGGUUCGGCGCGGCCGCUUUCCGGAACGGCUGGCGGGGAAGGAAGCCCUGGGCAUUGUGUAGCGUGUUUUCAGUCAGCAAGAUCUCUGGACUGGAGUUCCCAAAACUUACUUGACUUAUUGUGUAAAGGCUCCCGGAGGAAAUGCGGCCAUGGCCAGGUAGAAGAAACGCGGUGCCGCGGCCGAGGGAGGAGGACGCCGAGCUGUGACAGUCUUCUUCAGGCUGCCUCGGCUCCGGCUUGGCAGCCCCAGAUUCUUGUGCCUGGAGUAGUGGGACCGGUCUGAGUAAUACAGCUUCCUGCAGAGUGAACUCAGGGUGGUGAGGAGAGCACCUUCAUCUUGAACUUGACCCCCGGAGUAGCGUCCUGGCGGGUUAAAAGGAGCUGACUGUUGGGCACAGAGGAAGGACAGGAGAGAGAGCUGAGACAUAAGGACCACUGUACCGCGUUUCUUCCUUCCAUGAAUGAGAAGAUACCAGAGAUAGAGACAAAAGACUGUUGAAAAUGCUGAAGGCUGUGCUGAAGAAGAGCCGAGAGGGAGGAAAGGGAAGCAAGAAGGAAGCAGGAGGUGACUUUGGCUCAGAGACGCCUGCCUUGUCCUCCAGUGGUGACUCUCCUGUGAACAGUUUGUCCACAACAGAGGACACUUAUCGUGUGAGCUUGGCCAAAGGGGUCUCUAUGUCUCUUCCUUCAUCACCUUUGCUGCCUCGACAAUCUCUCCUGACACAGUCAAGAUCGAACAAAAAAUCUCCAGGUCCCGUCAGGAAGCCCAAGUAUGUGGAAAGCCCCAGGGUGCCGGGAGAUCCAGUUAUGAUCCCGUUCGGAGAAGGGUCCAAGCCCUCAGAGCCCAGUGCGACUGAAGCGAAGGCUGAUAAUGAACCGAGCUGCUCUCCAGCAGCUCAAGAACUGUUGACAAGGCUGGGAUUUCUACUGGGAGAGGGGAUCCCGAGCGCCACACACAUAACCAUUGAAGACAAAAAUGAAGCCAUGGUAAUGCCAGAGGAAGAAGCUGCAUUUCCUACAUGCUCAGCAUGCACCCUACCGUGCACAGCCCUGAGUCAAGGCAUCAGCCCUUGUUCCACACUCACAAGCAGCACUGCCUCUCCCAGCACCGACAGCCCCUGCUCGACCUUGAAUAGCUGUGUCAGCAAGACGGCAGCCAGCAAAAGUCCCUGCGAGACCAUUAGCAGCCCCAGUUCCACCCUGGAAAGCAAGGACAGUGGAAUUAUAGCCACAAUCACAAGUUCAUCGGAAAAUGAUGACCGGAGUGGCUCCAGUCUGGAAUGGAACAGAGACGGAAGCCUAAGGUUAGGGGUUCAGAAGGGAGUGCUUCAUGACCGAAGGGCAGAUAACUGUUCCCCAGUGGCAGAAGAGGAGACUACUGGGUCCGCGGAGAGCGUGCUGCCCAAGGCGGAACCCUCAGCCGGAGAUGGUCCGGUGCCCUAUCCUCAGAGCUCUGGCUCGCUCAUAAUGCCACGGCCCAACUCAGUUGCAGCGACAAGUUCUACCAAAUUGGAAGACUUGAGUUAUUUGGACGGACAGAGAAAUGCUCCUCUUCGGACAUCAAUUAGAUUGCCCUGGCACAAUACGGCUGGAGGUAGGGCACCGGAAGUUAAAGCACGGUUUGCUCCCUACAAACCUCAGGAGAUCCUGUUGAAGCCCUUGCUGUUUGAAGUACCAAGCAUCACAACUGACUCUGUGUUUGUGGGAAGAGAUUGGCUCUUUCACCAGAUAGAGGAAAACUUGAGGAACACAGAGCUGGCAGAAAACAGAGGAGCCGUGGUCGUGGGGAGCGUAGGAUUUGGGAAGACAGCCAUCAUUUCUAAGCUGGUGGCACUGAGCUGUCACGGAAGCCGCAUGAGACAGAUCGCAUCCAGCAGUCCCAGUUUGUCACCCAAAUCCUCAGAUCCCACUCAGGACCUUCCUGGUACUCCAUUACUCUCACCAAGUUCUUCUACAAGUGCUCUCAGUGUGACCAGAACACCUGCUGGGCCUGGGACUGCUGACAGCCAGAGACCGAGAGAGGAUGCGGUGAAAUACCUCGCUUCUAAGGUGGUGGCCUACCAUUACUGCCAGGCUGACAACACUUACACAUGUCUGGUACCUGAGUUUGUGCACAGCAUUGCUGCUUUGCUGUGCCGGUCCCACCAGCUGGCUGCCUACAGAGACCUUCUGAUCAAGGAACCCCAGCUGCAGAGCAUGCUGAGCCUCCGCUCCUGUGUGCAGGAUCCCGUGGCUGCUUUCAAGAGGGGCGUCCUGGAGCCACUUACAAGCCUAAGAAACGAGCAAAAAAUUCCAGAAGAGGAGUAUAUCAUCCUUAUAGAUGGCUUGAAUGAAGCUGAGUUUCAUAAGCCUGAUUACGGAGAUACGCUGUCUUCGUUUAUUACCAAAAUUAUUCCUAAGUUCCCCACCUGGCUGAAGUUGAUCGUGACCGUGAGAGCAAAUUUUCAGGAAAUCAUCAGUGCACUGCCAUUUGUCAAGCUUUCCCUAGACGACUUUCCAGACAACAAGGACAUUCACAGUGACCUGCACGCCUACGUCCAGCACAGGGUCCACAGCAGCCAGGACAUCCUCAGCAACAUCUCCCUGAAUGGCAAGGCCGACGCCGCCCUCAUCAGCAAAGUCAGCAGCCAUCUGGUGCUGCGGAGCCUCGGUUCCUACCUGUACCUCAAGCUCACGCUGGACCUCUUCCAGCGGGGCCACCUGGUCAUAAAGAGUGCCAGCUACAAGGUGGUGCCUGUGUCUCUGUCCGAGCUCUAUCUGCUGCAGUGUAACAUGAAGUUCAUGACCCAGUCUGCCUUUGACCGGGCCCUUCCCAUUUUGAACGUGGCUCUUGCGUCCCUCCACCCCAUGACGGAUGAGCAGAUAUUUCAGGCUAUCAACGCCGGCCACAUCCAAGGCGAGCAGGGCUGGGAGGACUUCCAGCAGAGGAUGGAGGCCCUCUCUUGCUUCCUCAUUAAGAGGAGGGACAAAACCCGCAUGUUCUGCCACCCGUCCUUCAGAGAGUGGCUGGUGUGGAGAGCGGAUGGCGAAAGCACAGCCUUCCUGUGUGAGCCCAGGAACGGACACGCUCUACUGGCGUUCAUGUUCUCUCGACAGGAGAGCAAGCUGAACCGCCAGCAGACCAUGGAGCUUGGCCACCACAUCCUGAAGGCACACAUUUUCAAGGGCCUCAGUAAGAAGACUGGAGUCUCCUCAAGCCAUCUGCAGGCUCUGUGGAUCGGUUACAGCACAGAGGGGCUGUCUGCUGCCCUGGCCUCUCUCAGGAAUCUCUAUACUCCCAACGUGAAGGUGAGCCGGCUCCUGAUUUUGGGAGGGGCCAACGUGAACUACAGGACAGAAGUGUUAAACAAUGCCCCCAUCCUGUGCGUCCAGUCUCACCUUGGCCAUGAAGAAGUUGUCACUCUCCUUCUGGAAUUUGGCGCCUGCCUGGAUGGGAUGUCGGAGAACGGUAUGAACGCACUGUGCUACGCAGCUGCUGCCGGCCACAUGAAGCUGGUGUGUCUGCUCAUCAAGAAGGGGGCAAGGGUGGACCACUUGGAUAAGAAGGGCCAGUGUGCACUCGUCCACAGCGCACUGAGGGGCCACAGUGACAUUCUCCAGUACCUGCUGAACUGUGAGUGGUCGGCAGGCCCUCCCCAGCCUGGCACCCUGAGGAAGAGCCAAGCCCUGCAGCAGGCACUGACAGCCGCCGCCAGCAUGGGCCACAGCUCGGUCGUCCAGUCCUUGCUGGGAAUGGCAGAGGAACAUGAAAUCGAAGUCAACGGCACCGACACGUUGUGGGGAGAAACAGCCCUGACGGCCGCUGCUGGGAGAGGAAAGGUGGAGAUCUGCGAGCUGCUGCUGGAGCGUGGAGCUGCCGUGUCUCGGGCCAACAGGAGAGGGGUUCCCCCUCUGUUUUGUGCCGCCCGCCAAGGCCAUUGGCAGGUUGUCCGAUUGCUUUUGGAUCGCGGCUGCGACGUGAACCUGAGUGACAAGCAGGGUCGAACACCUCUCAUGGUGGCUUCCUGUGAGGGACACCUGAGCACCGUGGAAUUCCUCCUCUCAAAAGGUGCUGCUCUUUCUUCCCUGGACAAAGAGGGCCUGUCAGCAUUGAGCUGGGCUUGUCUGAAGGGUCACAGGGCAGUGGUCCAGUACCUGGUCGAAGAAGGAGCAGAGAUAGACCAGACAGACAAAAACGGCCGUACUCCCUUGGACCUGGCCGCUUUCUAUGGUGAUGCAGAGACUGUGCUGUAUCUGGUGGAGAAGGGAGCCGUGAUAGAACAUGUGGACCACAGUGGGAUGCGCCCCCUGGACAGAGCCAUCGGCUGUCGAAACACUGCUGUAGUGGUUACCCUGCUUAGAAAAGGAGCCAAACUAGGAAAUGCCGCUUGGGCGAUGGCCACUUCCAAGCCUGAUAUUUUGAUUAUACUUUUGCAGAAAUUGGUAGAGGAAGGAAAUGUGAUGUACAAGAAAGGGAAGAUGAAGGAGGCAGCCCAGAGGUACCAGUAUGCCUUGCGGAAGUUCCCUCGGGAAGGACUCGGAGAAGACAUGAGGCCGUUCAAUGAACUGAGAGUCUCCCUCUAUCUCAAUCUGUCGCGAUGCCGAAGGAAAACAAACGACUUUGGUUUGGCAGAAGAAUUUGCUUCAAAGGCUCUGGAAUUGAAACCCAAAUCCUACGAAGCCUUUUAUGCCCGGGCGAGAGCAAAAAGGAACAGCAGGCAGUUCCUGGCAGCUCUGGCUGACCUGCAAGAGGCUGUGAAACUCUGUCCCAACAAUCAGGAAAUCAAGAGGCUCCUGGCCCGUGUUGAAGAAGAGUGCAAGCAACUCCAGAGGAACCAGCAGCAAAAGCAGCAGGGUCCCCCACCAGCUCCAGCCAAUGACUCGGAUAAUGAGGAGGAUGCGCCAGCCUCUAGUUUAAAGGACCACUUCCCCAUUGAGGAGGCGGAAGAGGAAGACACCUCUUCACAGGAAGAGUCCAUUUCCCCGACUCCCAGAUCCCAGCCACCACCGUCUGUCCCUUCCCCAUACAUCCGCAACCUUCAAGAGGGAUUACAGUCCAAAGGCAGGUCAGCAUCCCCACAGAGCAGGGCAGGAAUCAGCAAGUCCCUGAGAGAGACUGUAGCCCAGUCAGGCUUGGUUAUGCAGCCUACCAAACAGGCACAGAUAGUGAAGACCAACCAACAUCUGGGUUCCGGGCAAUCUAGCAUGAGAAACAGUAGCACAAAAAUACAAGUUUCUUCUCAGAACCCUCCCCCGAGUCCGAUGCCGGGUAGAGUAUCUGCAGCCCCUGCCGUGAGCAGAAACCAGCAUUUAGAGGGAACCGGUCCCUUCACUGCAGGAACUGGUUGUGGCCACUUCGGGGAUCGGCUGGGCGCCAGCCAGAGCCUCCAGCUGCAGCGCAGUGAGAGCGGCACUGCGUAUCCUCUACCGAGCAAAGUCAAAGCUGCCGAGAGGCUCCUGGCUCAUGCCUCCGUGGCCGUGGACAUGGCUCCUCCAAACCAGGGCGGACCAGUGAGCUGUAGCGAUGUGCGGCACCCGGCUUCCCUCUCUAGCUCAGGCUCCUCUGGCUCUCCAUCGAGCAGCAUAAAGAUGUCAAGUUCCACCAGUAGUUUGACUUCAAGCAGUAGCGUUUCAGACGGAUUCAAGGUCCAAGGACCAGACUCUCGGAUCAGAGACAAAGGUACAACCCAGGUGCAGGGUGGCACUGCCGAACACAGGCCCCGCAACACUCCAUUUAUGGGCAUCAUGGACAAGACCGCCAGGUUCCAGCAGCAAAGCAAUCCUCCGAACCGCUCCUGGCACUGCCCGGUGGCAGAGGGGCUACUGACAAACACAGCCACUGCAGCUGGCCUGCAGUCUAACUCUGAGAAACCCACUCUCAAGCCAGGAGGAUACUGUAGCCAAGCCAAACCGUGUUCAGUUCCUCCCCUGAGCAUGGGUGUCCACAAUGGGGCUCAGGUGAAGGAGCUGGAAGAGAACAAGUGCCAAAUCCCAGCCCUCUGUCAAGAUAACAGGAUAACUAAGGGGGUUCCUCAUCUCUACCCAGAGGGCGUCUCUAAGCAGCCACUUCAUGUCAGUACGGAAGCCCACAGGAGCCACCUCACUUCAGCAAAACCAAAGCGAUCGUUCAUAGAGUCCAAUGUGUGAGCCUUAAGCAACCCCUGUGUAGAAUCUGGAGGCAGUCUGUUGGCUCGUGGUAAUAAAUGAUGUCUCUUUUUCUUUUCAUAAUAAAAAUUACAUGUUAGCCAUAUUUUCCACCUCUUGGGUGGAUCUGAUGCCAUUGACAUAUUAAAACUGUAGGAUAAAACUAUAAUUAGUAGCUAGAAAUCAGCCAUAAACAGAAGUACUAAACAGCAUUGAACACUGUUGUCAGCUUAUAUCUGGCGAUUUAAAGGCUGCCAAGAAGACAUCAACUGAUGCCGUUCUCUUAGGAGAUUAUUUGGCUUGCUCUGUGUAAAAGCACACGUACUUAGAGAAGGAAAAAAAAAUCCACUGGUAAAAGUUAACUCCUGACAUAAUAUCUGGAAAAUUCUGGAAAAGAUGGGGAGGGAGGGUGUUUAAGUUACAGAUCCCUAAGUCAAACCUGUCCUUACAUGUGUGUAAAAAUCGCAACCUGAGUGAUUUCUAGCUGGAUAUAAAUGUGACUUUUAUCUGCAAAAUACAAGCGCAGCCAAGUAUCUUGUUGGUUCCUCGAGAGGAUCAAACACCUACUUCCAUGAUAUGGUGAAUUGAAGAGUAUUUUUAUAGCCCCCUUUUUGGAACUAUACUUAGGUUUCACCGUGUUGCUGAUAAGACGAGAACAGGCUAGCUAGAAUUUGGAUUGGUGUCCAGGUCAGAGUUGUGCAAAAGUACCAAGAGAAGCACUCUUAGUGACGGCCACAAAUUAGCUCUAACUGGUUCCGAAAGUGUUCUGGACAGUGACGGUCCCCAAAACAAGCCUCUAAUGUCCUCUAGGGAAAGUGUUCAGACAGGACCCUUGAGGUCUGGGUGGCAGUUUUGAUUUCCUUACACAGCCCGUUGUUUCAUAGUCAUGUGUCAUAUAUAUAUAUAAAUAGCUAGCCCAUUUUAUUCAGACUUGUAAAUAACUCAAAGGAAGUUAAUCUAAAGACAAAUAACAGAACCCCGCCAUCUCUCUGCAUGUUCUCUGUACGCUCCAUCAUGCUGGUUGCCGCACUGAACGAUGCGUUAUCACGGCUUGUAACAGUAUACCCGCAAUGGCACUUUAUCUCCUGUGUAUGGACACCUCUGAGGUGCUACUUAAAUCCGAGUGACAUAUUUUUCACCUGUAAAGAUAAGGUACAGGGAUGAACCUUGGCUUAAGGUAUUUUUAUAUGAAAAUGGUGUUAUUGGAAGAUGUUCAAAUGCUGGUUUGAGAGAGGUGGGAGAAGUAUUUUAUAUGUUGAGAUGUGAAAUGUAUUUUCUAGAAUCGGGGAGAAGGAAGUUCUAUAUUUGCAGAAUGUUUUAAACGUGAGUACCCACGAUGCUCCUAUGAACAUCAUUAAGGUUUUGUACGAAAAGGAACCUUGCCGCGGCGUCAUUUAGUGUGUCUGUUCCUGUGUGCAGAGGGCUUUGUACAAACAGCUAGGCCGUUUUUAUAAGCUCUCUCUGAGUUCUGCUCCAGUUACUAUGGCUUAUUUAUUGUUUUCCUUAAUAUUUGUGACAGUCUUACUCUUUCGUUAUGUAGUUUGUUUCUGCACAACUACUGUACUUUUUCCACAUGGAAUAAAAACCAUUACUCCAA